UAAAAUGAAAUAUUUAAUUAACAUUGUCACGUGGAAUACCGUCUAAUUCCAUUGAUCAUAUUUUCGCACUCUUUACCCUUCUAGCUGUAUGGGAAGGUUGCCAAGGUUACUGGUAUCAACUCAAGCGGGAAUGCAGAGGUCACUUACCCUGAGAGAAAAGAACAACCUUUCAUCUUCAAUCCAGAUGUACUGAACAAGGUUCCUAGGCUAGGUAAGGGAGACCGUGUGCAGAUCAGUAAAGACUUGACGUUUGUGAGGAAUGUUCAAGAAAGCAGUCGAAAUGGAUGGUCGGAUGGCAUGGAAAAGUGUCUAGGUAUGGAAGGGACAGUGAUAAACGUUGAUUCACAGUACGACAGCCGGGUGCGAUUGAUUGGUUUGGAGAAAAUGUGGUCAUGGCAUCCCUGCUCUUUGAUCCUCGUCAAGAAGAACUCAUCAGAUGAUGACGAGCAGAGUGCUGAAUCUACAGACCUCAAGCUAGAUGGAAGUGGACAAACUGAAAUGCUCGAGGCCUUGCUAUCACUACUCGGGACAGAUUCAGGCAAAGGAGAUGGAAGUGGACAAACUGAAAUGCUCGAGGCCUUGCUAUCACUACUCGGGACAGAUUCAGGCGAAGGAGAUGGAAGUGGACCAACUGGACUCGCCAAAUCAUUGCUAUCACUACUCAAGACAGAAGCUGGCAACUCAUCCGAUAGUGAUUCAGGCGAAGGAGGUGAAGAAUCGCAACUGAUCAAGGCCGCUAAGAGAGGCAAUGUUGAACGUGUCGUGGAGAUUUUAUCAAUAUCACCAGAAAAGGCAAAUGCAAAAAUUGGAGGGAAGACAGCCCUACACGGAGCAGCUGUCCAGGGUCAUCUUGAAGUAGUCCAGGCACUUCUUGAGUCAGGGGCUGAGAUAGAAAUCACGGAUGAUGAUGGGGACACUCCUCUUCAUUACUCUAUCGGAGGUGAUGAACCAGCUAUCACAAAGUAUUUGAUUGGUAAAGGAGCAGAUAUAAACAGAGGUAAUGAUAAAGGACGGAGAGCGAUCCAUCAAGCAGCUUACAAAGGGUUUGUUGACUGUGCAAGGGUCUUGAUUAAUCAUGGAUGUGACGUUAAUGUACAGGAUACAGAGGGAGAUACUCCCCUCCAUUAUGCUAUAACGAAGAGCAAGGUAGAUAUCGUUGAACUAUUGGUAAAAGUUCCAGACCUCGAUGUGACUCUGGCUGACAAGAGACAGUAUACAGCUCUACAGUAUGCAGCUUUAAUGGACAAACCAGAAUAA